GGCGAUGGAUGCAAAGAACCUUAGCUCUAGACAGCUAUGGCAGCGGUUACAAAUGCGGUCUCCUGUAAUUUCCCUCCUACACUGCUCAAAUCAUCUCUCUCCCCGCGAAAAUCCUUGUUUGCUUCUCCCCAACCUUCAAUUUCCCUAUCACUAAAGCCUAAUCGAACCGGCGGUUACUUCAAUUCGUUGCAAUUGCAGUUGCACAUGAAGCUGAGAAUGGGUGAUGUUCAGGUUCGUCGGAGUUCGUUGGACACUAGGAAUCCAGAGACUGAGUCGAUUGUUUCUUCUGAAGGAGGAGGAGGAGGAGAAGGAGAAGAUGAGUUUCUCGGUGGCGGCGACGGCAGCGGUGGAGGAGGAGAGGAGAGGGAUUGGACGACGUCGUUUUUGCUAUUUGGUUUCUGGCUCGGUCUUAUGUAUUACGUCUUCUUCCUUGCUCCUAACCAGACGCCGACGACGGAUGUUUACUUCGUGAAAAAGCUUCUGUUUUGGAUUAGAGACGAUGGAUUUGAAAUGAAUAGAGUGCUGGUGGCUGUAUGGAACAUGAUGGGAAUAUGGCCUUUGGUGUACAGUAUGCUGCUUAUUCCCACUGCCCGAAGCUAUAAAAGCAAAAUCCCCGUGUGGCCAUUUCUUCUUCUAUCGCUCUUCGGCGGCAUAUAUGCUCUUUUGCCCUACUUCGUUCUGUGGAGGCCACCAUCUCCACCGGUUGCAAAAUCUGAACUGAAGGGACGGGCACUGAAAAUUUUGGACUCGAAAAUUACCGCAGGGAUUGCAUUGGCUGGAGGGAUAGGCCUGAUGGUCUAUGGACUUUCAGCUGGCGGAGACGGAUGGAAGGAAUUUUACCAGUAUUUUCAAGCAAGCAAAAUCACGCAUAUCACGACCAUAGAUUUUCUUCUAUGUUCAGCAUUCGCGCCGUUCUGGGUCUACAAUGACAUGACCACACGAAAAUGGGGUGAUAAGGGAUCUUGGCUGAUUCCAGUAUCGGCUGUUCCAUUACUCGGCCCGAGCAUCUAUCUCCUCUUACGACCGUCGUUGUCGUCGAGUCGAAUAGCAUCUGAUGACAAGUAGUGUGUAAGAAUACUGACACUUGAUGAUGAUUGAAGCAAUCCUUCUUCAGGUAAUGAACAAACUCACUCUACUACUAUUUUUUCCUUUGAAUAAGAAGUUUUUAAGUACAAAUAUUUUUCAAGUGUGAAUGGUACGGUACAGUUUAAAUGAAAUGCUCUAGACUGCCCUA